AAACCUCUUCUCCAUUCUGCUGUUGUCUCAUAAAUACUUGAAAUAUGAAUAAAAUAAUGAUCAACCAAUAAAAACUUUAGUCAGCUAAAAAAAAUCAAAGUCAAUUGAUUAAGCGACUACAGGACUACAGUCUCUAUAAGUCCAAAUUUGUUUCUGGGUUUGGUUUAGUCUCAUGUGGUUUGUGUGCAGAUGUGAACGCAGCAGAAGUAUCUAAAUUGUGCUCUUUUGUGUUUUCUAGUGGCUUUAAAUAUGUGUGAAGAAAUGGAUUUUUGUGACGUGUUGGGUCAAGAUGAUCAAGGGUUUGACGUGCCUCCCUCACCCAAAGUGCAGCGGGACCCUCUGCUGCAGGUGGUGUCCCUGCAGAAGGCUUCAGGCUGCUGGGAGUUAGAACCAGCUCUGGCCCAAGCCCUGAGCAAGACCAGCCAAGACCUGGAGAGCAAACUGCCUGCAAUGGCAAAGAAAGAAGUGUGGGCCACCAUUUUGGCUCUGGUCUGGCUUCAUGGUCUGAAAGCUGAUGCUAAGGACGAGUGGGAGCUGUUGGUCAUGAAGGCUGUGAUGUGGCUGCGCUCACAGAACGCUCAAGGCCUGACUGAGUGUGUGGAAGCUGCCAAUGCUCUGCUGGGGUGCACUGUUCAGAAAGAUGCACUGGGACUCUAGAUCUUUUUUUUUUUUUUUUUUUUUUUCAAUUAAACAGCUUAUUUAAAGGAACAUGCAAAAUGGAGGUGUUCUGCAAAUGUGGCUUACAUACAGUACAAUGUGUCAUUACAUCGUUCCUAACAUGUUAGUUUGAUUCAAGUGUAAGCCAUUCCUGUUGUGAUAGGGUUAUUUUUCUUUGCACAAGUUACUUGUGUAUACACUCCAAUAAAUGAAUUAAUAAAUGUCUUUAAAAU